AUGGCGUCGAUCGACGCGCAGCUGCGGAUGCUGGCGCCGGCGAAGCUGUCGGAGGACGACAAGCUGGUGGAGUACGACGCCCUCCUCCUCGACCGCUUCCUCGACAUCCUCCAGGACCUCCACGGCGAGGAUCUCCGUGAGCUGGUACAAGAGUGCUAUGAGAUAGCUGCCGAGUAUGAAAGGAAGCAUGACUCAGAAAAGCUCGAUGAACUUGGCGACAUGUUGACCAGUUUGGAUCCUGGUGAUUCGAUUAUUGCUUAUCGGAGGAGAAUCAAGCUCAAGAAGGGGGACUUUGCUGAUGAGAACUCAGCACUGACUGAAUCUGACAUUGAGGAAACUUUUAAGCGGCUCGUAGUUGACCUUAAGAAGUCACCAGCUGAGGUUUUUGAUGCUCUGAAGAGUCAGACUGUUGACCUGGUUUUUACUGCACAUCCAACCCAGUCAGUGAGGAGAUCACUGCUACAGAAGCAUUCACGGAUAAGGAAUUGUUUGGUUCAACUGUGCUCUAAGGACAUCACACCAGAUGACAAACAGGAGCUUGAUGAGGCUCUCCAGAGGGAGAUCCAGGCAGCCUUCAGAACUGAUGAGAUCAGAAGAACCCAGCCUACUCCACAAGAUGAAAUGCGGGCUGGUAUGAGUUACUUCCAUGAAACAAUAUGGAAAGGUGUUCCAAAGUUUUUACGCCGUGUGGAUACUGCCUUGAAGAACAUUGGAAUUGAUGAGCGUGUGCCCUAUAAUGCCCCUCUCAUUCAGUUCUCUUCUUGGAUGGGAGGAGAUCGUGAUGGAAAUCCAAGAGUGACACCAGAGGUUACAAGGGAUGUCUGUUUGCUUGCCAGAAUGAUGGCUGCAAAUUUGUAUUGCUCACAGAUUGAGGAUCUCAUGUUCGAGUUGUCUAUGUGGCGGUGCAAUGAUGAGCUUCGGGCACGAGCAGAUGAGUUACAUCGCUCGUCAAAGAAAGAUGCAAAGCACUAUAUAGAGUUCUGGAAGAAGGUUCCUCCGAGUGAGCCAUAUCGGGUUAUACUUGGUGAUUUGAGAGACAAGCUUUACAAUACACGUGAGCGGGCACGCCAGUUGUUAUCCAGUGGAUAUUCUGACAUUCCUGAAGAAUCUACUGUCACAAACGUUGAGCAGUUCUUAGAGCCUUUGGAGCUAUGCUACAGGUCUCUCUGUGCUUGUGGUGACCGUGUAAUUGCUGAUGGAAGCCUUCUUGAUUUCUUGCGCCAAGUUUCUACCUUUGGGUUGUGCCUUGUGAGGCUUGACAUAAGGCAGGAAUCUGAUAGGCACACUGAUGUCCUUGAUGCUAUUACCACCUACUUAGGAAUAGGGUCAUACCGUGAGUGGUCUGAGGAACGCUGUCAGGAGUGGCUUUUGUCUGAACUCAAUGGGAAGCGUCCAUUGUUUGGUCCAGACCUUCCCACUACUGAUGAGAUUGCUGAUGUCCUAGACACAUUCCGUGUGAUAGCUGAACUUCCUGCGGACAACUUUGGAGCAUACAUUAUUUCUAUGGCAACAGCUCCAUCUGAUGUUCUUGCUGUUGAGCUUCUCCAGCGUGAAUGUCAUGUGAAGACACCACUUAGAGUUGUCCCACUGUUUGAGAAGUUGGCUGAUCUUGAAGGUGCCCCAGCUGCAUUGGCCAGACUGUUCUCAGUGGAUUGGUAUAGAGAAAGGAUUAAUGGCAAACAGGAGGUCAUGAUUGGCUACUCAGACUCAGGUAAGGAUGCUGGUCGUCUCUCAGCAGCUUGGCAGCUGUACAAGGCUCAGGAGGAGCUUAUCAAAGUCGCUAAGCAAUUUGGGGUGAAGUUGACCAUGUUCCAUGGGCGAGGUGGUACUGUUGGAAGAGGUGGAGGCCCCACUCAUCUUGCCAUUUUAUCUCAGCCACCGGACACAAUCCAUGGAUCCCUCAGGGUCACUGUUCAGGGGGAAGUCAUUGAACAGUCCUUUGGUGAGGAGCACCUGUGUUUCAGGACACUGCAGCGUUUCACGUCUGCUACUCUUGAGCAUGGCAUGCAUCCACCAAUUUCCCCAAAACCUGAAUGGCGUGCUCUGCUUGAUGAGAUGGCUGUUGUGGCAACAAAGGAAUAUCGGUCCAUUGUCUUCCAAGAACCACGCUUUGUCGAGUAUUUCCGCCUUUAUUGUGAUGUUCUGAUGAUUUACUGUGCAAAUGUUCGCAUGGAGGAUUCUCAUGUUACUACUAUCUACUAUAUUAUAUUUUCUCCAACACUUAAAUACAUGAAGGCAACACCUGAAAUGGAGUAUGGAAGGAUGAACAUAGGGAGCAGACCAUCCAAGAGAAAACCAAGUGGUGGGAUUGAGUCUCUACGUGCCAUUCCAUGGAUCUUUGCAUGGACACAGACACGCUUCCACCUCCCUGUCUGGCUCGGUUUUGGGGCUGCCUUCAAGCACAUCCUGGAAAAGGACAUUAGGAACCUCCACAUGCUUCAGGAGAUGUACAAUGAGUGGCCAUUCUUCAGGGUGACAAUUGAUCUAGUUGAGAUGGUAUUCGCCAAGGGUGACCCAGGCAUCGCUGCCUUGUACGAUAAACUCCUUGUUUCUUCAGAGCUCUGGCCUCUUGGGGACAAGCUGAGGGCAAAUUAUGAAGAGACCAAACGUCUUCUCCUUCAGGUUGCUGGACACAAGGAUCUUCUUGAAGGGGAUUUAUACCUGAAGCAGCGUCUCCGCCUCCGUGACGCGUACAUCACCACACUGAAUGUCUGCCAAGCCUACACGAUGAAGCGCAUCCGUGACCCAGAUUACCAUGUCACACUGCGGCCCCACCUGUCCAAGGAAAUCAUGGACUGGAACAAGCCUGCUGCAGAGCUCGUGAAGCUGAACCCGACCAGCGAGUAUGCGCCGGGGCUGGAGGACACCCUCAUCCUUACCAUGAAGGGCAUUGCUGCUGGGAUGCAGAACACUGGUUAA